GGCUAACGGGUAUGGAGUCGGAACAGCCAGCCGACGUAUAAAGCUGGCGCGGAGCGGCGGUGUUCGUACGUGCCUUUGUGCGCGGAGACGGGUGGGCCGGAUGGCUUGGUAGGCCGCGGUUGGGUGGUUGUUUACGAGGAAACUGUGGCGCGGGGACUCGAGCUAAGCUUGGCUGGGUAAAGAGCGGAGAACAUGCGGCGGAGAGUGGCGUGCAGCGCGGUGGAGCUGCUGUUGGGUGGCGGCGGCGGAGGAGGAGCCGCGAGGAUGACCGGGCUUCUGCUGCUUCCAUCGGCUACAAAAGCAGCCGCUCUGGAGAACAGCGUUCACCAAAGAUUCCGCUCGACGUCCUCCAUGACGACUUACUCCGAGCUGGCCAGAGAGCGGUCGAAAACCGUCACCUCUUUCUACAACCAGUCCGCUAUUGAUGCAUCUGCGGAAAAGGCUUCUGUCAGACUCACACCCGGCACCUUACUCUACGCAGGCAAGUCUCCGGAUGGACACCAUAUCUUGAGCAGCGCGAGAUACCUACAUAAAGAACUGCCCGUGCGCAUCGCUCAUCGUAUUAAAGGAUUUCGCAGCCUGCCCUUUAUUAUCGGUUGCAACCCCACCAUCCUGCAAGUGCACGAGCUCUAUAUUCGGGCCUAUCACAUGCUGAGUGAUUUUCCAGCAAUUACAGACCAAGAAACGGAAGCUGGCUACAGCAAGCUGGUUCAGCAGCUCCUGGACGAUCACAAAGACGUGGUCACCCUGCUCGCGGAAGGAUUUCGGGAGUGUCGCAAACACGUUCAAGAUGAGACGCUGAUUCGUAAUUUCCUGGACACGAUGCUGACGUCUCGUCUAGGCAUUCGCAUGCUGGCAACGCACCAUCUCUCCCUGCAUGAAGAAAAUCCGGACUACGUGGGCAUCGUCUGCAGACGUCUGUCUCCUAAAAAGAUCAUCGAGAAGUGGGUCGACUUCGCAAGGAGAUUGUGUGAGCACCAGUAUGGGAGUUCUCCACGCGUUCGCAUCAACGGUCACGUGGCUGCCCGCUUCCCGUUCAUCCCCCUCCCCCUGGACUACAUCCUGCCCGAACUACUGAAGAACGCCAUGAGGGCCACAAUGGAGAGCCAUUUAGACACGCCUUACAACGUCCCGGACGUGGUGGUUACCAUCGCCAACAAUGAUACGGACUUUGUCAUCAGGAUCUCGGAUCGGGGCGGCGGCAUUCCCCACAGCAUCAUGGAUAAAGUGAUGGACUACCACUUCAGCACGGCCGAGCAGAGCACACAGGACCCGCGCAUGAGCAACCUCUUCAACACCAUGACCAACAGCGGCCCUCAGUCAGGCCCCAUGCACGGGUUUGGUUUUGGUCUGCCCACCUCGAGGGCAUAUGCUGAAUAUCUGGGCGGCUCGUUGGCUAUCCAGUCGAUGCAGGGAAUCGGCACAGACGUCUACCUGCGUCUGCGCCAUAUUGACGGGAAAGGAGAGAGCUUCAGAGUGUGACCCAGUGGCCAAUUCUGCCAGUCAUGUUGAGCGUUUCAUAUUUUCACCAAGGCCUGGAAGCUUCACUGCUCACAUCUUCAGACAUUGCUUCCUGUCUUUUCUCGGGGUUUUUUUUUUUUUAAACGUUAUUUCUCUGCAUGAAAGUGUCUGAGGGAAAGGAAGAAAAAGCAUGAAGUAUUAGAGAAGUCUCCUAAGUUACUAAAGCUAGACUCUUAUAAAGCUCCUGGAUGAAGCUGUCUAAGGAUAAUUGAACUCCUAAAGGGCUCCGAGCUCUCUUCGGUGACUCCUGCUGAGUGAAAGGCUCAUCAUAGCAGUUAUGAAUGAUCUUGCAUAGUACGUUCCGAUCUAACUGCCUUACAGAAACAAUAACUCCGCGUUUGGGUCAGUCGUCAUGCCCAGCGUGUAAUCCUAAUUGUUUUUGAAAACUUGUUUCCCAAAACAAGGUUUUGGUUUUAUGUCGGUUUCCUGGGCAAAGCAGAUUGGCUACAGAAUGCUCAGUUUGUUUGUUUUUUAAAAGUCAUGGUGUUUUGUUUGUUAAUCUGUCCAGGAUUUAGAUUAUUAAAGGUGUAUAUUUUACUAACAUUUUAUUCAUAUUGGAAGAUAUUCUUCACCUGUCGUCCUGCAUGUGUGGCCCGGUACAACUCACAUUCCAGUCGGCAUCAGCUGUGAAGAUAGUACGUUUUUGAGUUCAGUUAGAUUUAAUAACUUCAAUAAAGAUUUCCUGUUCACUACAGCAGGUUGCUCGUUGCUGUAUUAACGCCACAUGACUAUAGUAUGUAACGGAUUUGUACCUGUGGUGGAUUUUUUUGAGAAAUGGCCUCAGCGAAAUGACGCGUCAAAGGGUGUGUGUGUGUGUGGGGUGUUGGGGUUUGCCCUCCUACAGGGUAAAGACUAGUAUUAACCUACGCUCGAAAGAAGCGAUGUAUUGCAUUACAUGUAAUAUUGUGUACAAAGUUAUGGUCUGAUCGGUACAUCGUACCACAAAUUCCUUUUGUAAAUAUAUGUAUAUGAUGGCGUGAAGUGUCAAGGACGGGGUCAUUUUAUUAGGGUUUUUGUAUGUAGCGCCCCCUCCUCUCUAGAGGCCAAAUCUAAAUAGUUUCUUGCGCAUUAUAAAAAUCCUGAUUACGCAA